CUGGCUUCGCAGCAUACACAGCAUUAAUUUGAUUGGAGUCGCCGUGCGUGCGGUAGGCGGAACCCGAACACUCUUCGCAUCCCACUUUUGAGAAGAUUAGUUGGACAAUUUACUGAGAAACACAUGACAUUACGGCUGUUUGGUGGGACGGACGGAGAGGGACAGAGGCAGGACGACACGACACGGGGUCGAGACAGAGCCGAGCAGCGAGCGGAGGAGGCGUCAGAUACGUGUGGAGAUAUUUGGAGUUGGGAGGAGAGCACUGGUACUUCUCUGAUCCCGGGAGGGAAAUAAAAACGUCACUCAGUACAAACAUUGACACGGCCACACACAUUUGAACAGACCGAUUGUUACAUACACACCAAGGCACCUGAGCAGAUAUGAGUGAGGAUAAACCCGCUGACACUGUGGAAACUGGCCCUGCUGAGGGGAACGCCAUUCCUAAUGGAAAAGGCCAUGAGGCUGGAGAGGACAUCACAGCGUUGGCCAAAACUUCGAUUGCAGGGGACAGUGAAAAGGAGACUGUACCCAAUAGUGCCCAGAAUGAUAGUCCCCACAGAACUGAGAAUACAGGGGCCAACCUCCCAGAGAGCCAGGAGUUCUUGUCAGGCGUGGAUGACAAGAAGACUACACGCUUCACAGAUUUUGAGGGGAAAACCUCGUUUGGGAUGUCUGUCUUCAACCUGGGCAAUGCUAUCAUGGGAAGUGGAAUCCUAGGACUGGCGUACGCCAUGGCCAACACAGGAGUCGUCCUGUUUUUAGUGCUUCUGACAGUGGUGGCGGUCCUCUCGUCCUAUUCUAUCCAUUUACUGCUCAAGUCAUCCGGUAUUGUAGGGAUUCGUGCAUAUGAGCAACUGGGCUACAGGGCCUUCGGGACCCCGGGGAAGAUGGCGGCAGGUAUUGCCAUCACGCUGCAGAACAUUGGAGCCAUGUCCAGUUAUCUGUACAUAGUCAAGUAUGAGUUUCCUUUGGUCAUCCAGGCCUUUCUGAAGGUGGAUAAGCCUGCAGGUGAAUGGUACCUGAAUGGGAACUACCUUGUGGUCAUUGUAUCCGUUGCAGUAAUAUUACCGCUGGCUCUCAUGAAACAGCUAGGAUACCUGGGAUACACCAGCGGCUUCUCCCUGAGUUGCAUGGUUUUCUUCCUCAUUUCGGUCAUCUAUAAGAAGUUCAAUGUCCCCUGUCCUUUUGUGGACUUUGCAUUCAAUGGCACUGCCAGUGUGCUGAAUGUCAGUGCCACCGAUCCUGGUGGGGAGGAUGAUCCUGCCUGUAUUCCCAAAAUGGCCAACCUCAACAUCCAAACGGCCUACACCAUCCCCAUCCUGGCGUUCGCCUUUGUGUGCCACCCCGAGGUGCUGCCCAUCUACACAGAGCUGCGCAAUCCCACCAAGAAAAAGAUGCAGCAUGUGGCCAACAUCUCCAUUGCAGUCAUGUACAUCAUGUACUUCCUGGCUGCCCUUUUUGGAUACCUAACUUUCUAUGGUGAAGUGGAAGCGGAGCUGCUUCACACCUACAGCCGCAUUGACCCAUAUGACACUUUGAUUUUGUGUGUUCGCGUGGCUGUGCUCACCGCUGUCACACUCACUGUGCCCAUUGUGCUCUUUCCUGUACGGAGAGCGAUCCAGCAGAUAAUGUUUCCUAACAAGACCUUCUACUGGCCCCGUCACAUCGCCAUUGCCUUCGUUUUGCUCACUUUCAUCAACCUGUUGGUCAUUUUUGCCCCCAACAUCCUGGGCAUCUUUGGGAUCAUUGGUGCCACAUCUGCCCCUUGUCUCAUCUUCAUCUUCCCUGCUGUCUUCUACAUUCGUAUUGUACCCAAAGAAGAGGAGCCACUGCUCUCAGUCCCCAAAAUCCUGGCUGCCUGUUUUGCUGGGAUAGGUUUCCUGUUUAUGAUAAUGAGUCUCAGCUUCAUCAUUAUUGACUGGACAUCAGGCACCAGCAAGGCCAGCAGUGGCCACUAGGCACCACCUUCCUUUUUUCUUUCAGGUUUUGCAUUCUUGUUUUAGAUCUAUGUUGUUGUGUUACUGUUUUUUACUUUGAAUAAUGUUUGACGUUGAAGAUGCCCUAUUUCCUGCCUACCAUCAGAGAAUAUUGGCCACAGAGGAGGAGCAGUCUAGAGCUGAUAAUGUCUCUCCGUUUCUCUGCGAAAAGCUCUCACUGUAAUGACGUUACAUUGUACUGUGCAUCCUGCCAAACAGUGACCGCAGAUCCAGGCCAGUAGACUUUCGUGGAAAGUUGAUUAUGGAUUUACAAAAUAGGUCAGAUGCAUAAAGAUUGAUGUUGACAUGUGAGGGCAGUGCCUUGUGAGAUUAGAAAAAAAGCAGAAAAGUAGCAAUAUAGGAAGUUGCUGUCAUUAUAUGCCUGUCUCUGCGUUGGUUGUGAGCUUCUGUCAACUCCCUGUUAGCCAUGUCUUGUCCUAAGGUGUUAUGCAAACUGCUAUUUAGAUUAUAAUACACAAUGAGUGGCACCUCCCUUUUAACAGUUCAGUGACACAAAUCUAUUGAAUGAGAAACCAUUAUUGUAUGAUUUUUAUGUGAGUUAUUAUUAUUAUUCUAAGUUAUUUGAAUAAUUGAUUUGCCAUUCUGUGCAAGUGCAGAUAGUACAAGCUACUGCACAGAAAGAAACCUAAGUAAAAGGAAUAGUUCAACAUUUUCAGUAAAAACAUGCUUGCUCACUGUGUUGCAGGUAGUUAGGUGAGUAGAUCGAUACCCCAACCAGCAACUUGUUAGCUUAGCUUAGCACAGAGAGUGGAAAAUGUUGAACUGUUUCUUGAAGGCGUGCACCCUUUAGCUUCCCUCUCCACUAACUUGUGCUGCUGGUGUGUAUUUUAAGGUUUGAAGGUGUUAACGUUCUCACCUCUUAUAGAGCAAAUUGCAAAAACCACAGACGGUAUGUGGUAUAGUGUCGUGAGCACUUUUAUGAUAACAUUCCUAGAGCUAGAUGUAUAUUUUUACUAUUAAUCACUACUUGAUGAAAACCUCAGAGGAUGCAGUAUGGACUGAUGACAUGAUCCUCAGCAUUUACUGAGGCGAUUAAUAUCAGAAAUGCAGGUUUCAAGUGAGCAGCAUUUUUAAAAGGUCCUUGGCUGUCGAUGUCACUACACAACUGAGUUUUUGUUUUUCAAUGUCACUGUAAAUGACAGCCAUAAAGGGUACUGAAGACCUCCUCAGGUGGACUGCACAGGUCAAAGUGAUAAAUGAAAAGAAAAGAAGCAAGUUACUGCAUUCAGCAUUCUUCAUCUUCAAGCAGGGACCUUGAUCAUUUGAUGUGUCGGUUUUGAACCUUUACCUGAAAUAUAAAAAAAACAACGACAACAGGGUCAUUUCAUGAACAGUUUGGUGUCUGUAAAUAUUUCUGUGUCCAGCACGAGCUUGAUUCCUGACAGAAAUGACAGACAUUGUUUUACUGUCUCUUUAACAAUCUUGAAAAGUCGGUGGUUAGCAAUAGCACUUUCUUUUCAUAAGCACAACUUCCUGUAGCCAUUAAUAAGCUGACACACAAGCAAAUGAUUUUUUGAAAAAUUCACAUAUUUAAUGGAUUUAAGGGCGUGUCCCUUUGUAUGACUAAAUCAUUGAUAAAUGAAUCAAUCAAAUGUAGAUUAUGAUAAUAUUAACAAUGUAUCGAUGGUCUAAUAUGGAUGUCUUUUUCAACAUUACUUGAAAUAACUUUGAAGUUUUCCUGUGAAGCCCCUGCGAUCAUUUGCUUCCUCCUCAGUCAGUUUUUGUAGAUAAAUCUACUAGAUACUUGGAUGUAAUGUUGGAGGUUUAUAAGUGUCCGUGUCAUUUAAAAAAGAAAACAUGGCUCCAUCAUAUUUCAGCUAUAGUACCUAUAUGCAUUUGUGUUGUUAAAACUGGACCUAUACUAUGAUCCUGAGUAUAAUUCAAGGGUUCGUCUCCUUCAUUGAUAGCUUAACUGUUGUUUUAAACUUCACCUUUGUGUAAGUCGGAUCUGAUUCAGUGAUGAAAUGCAAGAUGCAAAAACUGUUAAUGAUGAUGUUUUGAUGAUAUUAUGUUUUUUUCCCCCUUGUAUUUGUCUUUUAUAGUCUGUGGUAUAUCAUCAGUGGUAUCGUUUGGGUUCUUUCUGACAUCCUUGCUGCUUCUUGGCACACAGUAACCUACUAACUUGGAGUUGUUAGUGAGCUGGUGUACUCGUCUACAUUUCAUUGUUUUUAAAAGAUAUAUAUUCUGUCACACCAGACUACAGUGAAUGCUCUGUGGGUAAAUUAAUAUUGUCCUGUCAAUUUGUUACACAACAAACCUCUUUUAAUCCCUUUUUUUCAUUAUAUCUAGAUAUUUGGUUGUCUUUAUGUGUCUGUACGCAAAGGGAUUUAUCUGAAUCAGCCACUGGGGCGUAACUCAGUGUUUGUUACUGUUAAAUCAAUGCAAGGGUAAUAAUUAUCCCCAACUUCAUGGUCAUAGUUUGACUAUAGUUUUUGGUUGUAUGUAUGAUAAAUCCAUUUGGUAAAUCCAGUGUCACAAACAGUUUUCCAGUGGUAAACACACGCAAAACACUUGACGCCUCACAAACAAGCAAGAAAUAAACAAGAGGGAACCACGCGUGGCUGAUGGAAGAUGAUCUCUGAGGACCUCCAUUUAGAUCUCAUGGUUGUUAGUCUCACUCUUUGUGUGAUUUAUUGAAAUGUGUAUGAUUGAAUAGUAACAUAUUGAAUAUUGACAUCAGCCAGCAUUUAUAAAUAAUGUAUAUAAAUGUAUACCCUUUAUAUUCUAUAUGCAUAUCUAGUUUGUACAAUGUAAAUAGCAAUUAAAGCUGUAGUCAAAUUAAAAAUAUGUAUGUAAUCAUUUUGAAAGUGCUUUUAAACCUCUUUGUCCUUCAAUUCAUGUCGAUUUUCUUGUAUCUCUAUAUAUUUUAAUAUGUUGCUGGCAGUUAUUGUACUGUAAACAAUGUUGCAAUAAAGAUAAUGAGUUAACAAAACUUUGAUUUUUCAUCGCAGGUCAGAUUACGGCAAUGUUCUACUGUCCUCUGUCUGGACCGACUUUUAUGACUUUGUAUUUUCUACAAAUCUGGAGUUUCUCAGUCCCUCGCCUACAUUAUCAUUCCUGUGAAACCCUUGAUGAUUUUAGCAUUUAAUUUCAUUAAAAUGGUCAAAUCCU